AUGCUUCUGGAGGAAGUGCCAGUCGCAGUCGAUUCCUUCAACCAUGAUGGGGGUGUGCUCUUUUUUUGCAGCCAUGCCCAUGAAGACCAUUUGAAAGGAUUGAAUAAAAAGUGGCGCAAAGGUCCGCUUUUCGCCUCAGCCAUUACAAGACAACUCCUUCUGCUAAAGUGGCCCUCUUUGGAGAUCACUGCAUUGGAGCUUGGGCGAACCUACCAGAUUCCAUUGAUGGAUGGCUUGGAGAUCGAAGUCUACCUCAUAGAUGCAAACCACGUUCCGGGGUCCGUGAUGUUUCUCUUUUUCGGAUAUUUUGGAAGUGUCUUGUACACCGGGGAUUUCAGACUACAUGAAAAGCAUCAAGACAUUGCUUCGCUCGCACCUGUGAGAGACAAAGGGCUCUCACGCAUCUAUUUGGACAACACCUUCUGCGACCCUCGCUUCCAACAGCCGAGCCGAGAAGACGUCGCAGCAGCUAUCUCCAAGCGCUUCCGGCGCAAAUGGCCCUGCAUCAUUUUCGUCGAGAGCUAUCGUUUGGGCAAGGAGACGCUACUGCUUCACCUGGCGCAGAAGUUGAGAAGCCGAGUUCUAGUCUCCGAAGAGAGGAAGAAAACCAUGAGGGCGUGUGGCUUUGAGAGUGACCAGGUGCAAAUUCAAAGCUGCGACCCCUUGCAGGCCUCCGAGGACUUGCUGCAGACGGAGGCCUUGAGGGGCUGCAUUUGGGCCAUCUCUCGGCAAAACUUGAGGAAAGGCAUGUGGCAGGCGAGCGAUUCGGGAUGUGCAUUCCAUGGUAUUCGUGCCACUGGCUGGGCUGAACAAGCCCGAAAGGAAGAGUCGAUGCCAAGCUGCGAAGACUUAGAUGAGAACCUGGUCGCGGUCAGUGAUGAUGGGGUGUUCCAUUACUUAUACUCAGAUCAUUGCUCCUUCUUGGAACUCGUGCAGUUCCUGCAGUUCCUCCCCAAAGCUCCAGUGACCUUCAUUUCUCCUGUGGGGUCAUCAGAGGGAACCUACAGCUUUGAUGGUGCGGAUGGCAUCCAAAAGCUCAUGGCCUCUGCCUCAGUGCCUUCCAUCCGCUACAGCGAGCGCCCCACCCGCUGCUUCGAGAAGACCAGCCUCCCCCGCGCCAAGCGGAAGGCGGAAGGUCCUCACGAGGAGGAUGGAUAUGAGCAGAAGAAGAGCGCAGGAGCGUGA